CUCCAGUCUUCCUCAUCUGUCUCGACAUUUUUCGACCCACUGCAUUGUUUCCACAGCGACUCUCCGAGCAAACCCGACUGUAAUCACCGUGUUUGGCUAUCGAUCAGCCUGAUCGCGCUGGGCUCGGCGGGCGCCGCACGUGAUUGGCUCUCCGCGGGAGUCGCUUUGAAGUCGCAGAUCAGAUACACGCGCCUCAGAUCCCUGAAGCCCCCCCCCCUCCUCCACCUCUCUCCCUCCCUCCGCCUUUGAUGUGGGCGCUCAGUUUGUCCUCGAUGUGCCGCCGCUGCUCUGUGCGGAGCAGAGAGGCUGCAGCGCUGACAUGGUGAGCAGACCGGUGCUGGAAACACACCGCUACACCUCUCACCGGUCUGCUGUCGACUUUUAAUAGCCAACACUUCGACCAACAGGCUGCUCUUUAGCAGGUAACAAUCUGCUCAUCAAAAUGGUCUGGAUGCUUCAACACACGGUCUCUCUUCUUCUCGCCGUGCACGUUAUUUAUUCAACUCUGAUUCCUGUGAGUGCCGAGGAGGAGACCAGAGAAUGCAGGGAACAGGAGUACAAGGACCGGUUUGGGAACUGUAAACCCUGCAAGCAGUGUGAUGCAGGACAGGAGCUGUCAAAGGAAUGUGGCUUUGGUUAUGGAGAGGAUGCCCGGUGCGUGCCCUGCCGGAGCAGUCGCUUCAAAGAGGACCGGAGCCUGCAGAAGUGCAAGCCCUGUCUGGACUGUGGACUCAUCAACCGCUUCCAGAAGGGCAACUGUUCGACCACAAGCAACGCAGUGUGUGGUGACUGUCUGCCGGGAUUUUACAGGAAGACCAAAUUAAGUGGUUUCCAGGACAUGGAGUGUAUACCCUGUGGGGACCCUCCACCUCCUUAUGAGCCUCACUGCAGCGGGCGUGUGAACCUGGUGCCACUGCCCGUGGUGGUGACCAGUCCGCGGGACAUGGCCCUGGCCGCAGUCAUCUGCAGCGCUCUGGCCACCGUGCUCCUGGCCCUGUUGGUCCUGUGUGUCAUCUACUGCAAGAGACAGCUGCUGGAGAAGAAGCCCAGCGCGGCCUCUCUGCGGUCCCAGGACUGUCCCUACAGCGGAGCAGAGCUGUCCUGCCUGGACCCACGCUGGCUCCAUGACUUUCCCCAGAGACCCUGCUGCCAGUGUCACCUGGGUCCCGGACACACCUGUGGUCCCGUCCACCUGAUCCCGUCUCUGUGCUGUGAUGAGAGCUGCAGUCUGGGCCGCAGCCAGGACAACAGUCCCUUCCAGUCUCAGAUGAGCCUCAGUGACGGAAAUGCAAACCAGGAUGAGGAAGGCACCCUGACACAGUCGGGAGGACGUUUGGAGUCCGUCUGCAGAAAGGCUGCUGGGAUAAGUUCAGAGUCCGCAGAGUGUUUGGACCUUCUGCAGUGCAACGCGGAGCCUGCGGGGAGACUGGAGGUGGAGGAAGAAGAGCAGAGAGACGAGGAAGGCUGCAGAUCAAGGGAGAGUUCACCUGAGAGGAGCAGGCAGAGCUCCAGUGACGCAGUGACAGAUGCACUUCUUCCCAAACAGCACUCAUCAAGUCAAGAAGGAUGACAUGGAUUUCUUUGGCUCGUGUUCCAACCUUGAACCAACCCGAACUCAACAACAGCCACGGCCAGAUCCCCUAUCAGAUUACUCACUAGUCCCCCCCUUCCAACACACACACACACACACACACACACACACACACACACACACACACACACACAGAUGAGCAGCAGCCACUCUUAAGCAUGCUCGCACCGCCUCUUUGAAAUGCCUGCCGCUGACCUCAGAGCCCCUCGUCAAAGGGUCCAAACAGAAUAUGUACAUACAUGCAAACAAAAGCACUGCUGAGGAAAAGCAAAGCACGAGGGCAUUGGCAUAUACACACACACACACACACACACACAAUGUGAACUUGCUGGCCCAGAAGGUGAAAUCGAAUGAAGUUCAAACGUUGAGGAAUAUUGACUUGAUACGGCGGAGCAAAGUGAAUCAAAGCGCUCGGCCUGGAGAAUGUCUCGCAUCUUGUUGCAUGUAGGAGAACAUUAACUGAACCACUCAUCUAGCAGCUGGUGUUAUGAAGCUUUUUGUGUGUAAAAGGUUUGCAGUUGUAAAAAAAAUUGAGGCGUGAAGAAAAGUGUCAAAAGUGAUUGAGUUGCACAUUGAAGACAAUCUUGAUGAUAUGGAACAAGUUAAGACGAGGAAUGUUUAAAGCGAUAAAUGUGUUUGUAGAUACUGUAAAAUAUGAAAUAGGUCAAUAUUUUUGUAACAUAGACAUGACUGAUGGUAUGUUUGCUUUUCUUCUCCCAGUUAUAGUGUUAAUGGUUGUGAAUGGUCACCUCCACAUAUUGUUUUUGUAAAUAAACCACUUGACCAAGUUUA